UCCUCUUCCAGUUCAACAUAUAUAAGUCUGCUGCUGCUUCUUUCAUGAAUUUGCACUUUCUAACAGCUUCAUGCCUUUUUAUAUGCUCAAUUAAGCCUUGUCUUCGAUAACUGAGGUGACAACAUGUCCAGCGCAGGAUUUUCAGCAUUUGUGUGUUUGUUUUUUGCCGGCUGCUUCUGUUGCAGCAAAGCUAUGCCGCCUAAACUCAUCCAGGAGACUUUCAACAACAGACCUGUGAUUGGUAUUUUGACUCAGAUAGUUUCAGACGACGUCAUGAAACCAUUUGGGAGCACCUACAUACCUGCCUCCUAUGUCAAAUACAUUGAGUCUGGGGGCAGCAGAGUGAUGCCUAUCAGGCUGACUCAUACUACAGAUGAAUAUGAAAACAUCUUCAGGCAGAUAAAUGGCCUGCUUCUCAUCGGGGGAGCCGCAGAUUUGGAGACAUCAGACUUUGCCAGGGUGGCGAAAAUCUUUUACAGACUCGCUCUGAAGGCCAAUGAUGCAGGGGACUUCUUCCCCAUCUGGGGUACAUGCAUGGGCAUGCAGCAACUGACUGUGUUGGUGGCCGGUGAAAACCUGCUGACAAACACCACAGCUGAGAACAUAGCGUUGCCCCUCAACCUGACCGCAGAGGCCAGCACCAGUAAGAUGUUUGAGGGUUUCCCCAGCGAGUUUAUGAAAGUUCUGACCCAAGAACCUCUGACUGGCAACUUUCACCACUAUGGAGUUACAGUAAAGACCUUCCAGGAAAAUGAGAAGCUGCAGAGUUUCUUCUCCAUCCUGUCUACAAACGUCGCUGAGAACGGAGCCCACUUUGUCUCAACCAUAGAAGGUAAAAGAUAUCCCUUCUAUGGAACACAGUGGCACCCAGAGGUGAACCGUUUUCAGUGGGACAGAAAGCGGAACUUUCCUCACUCUGCUCAUGCUGUUCAGUUAUCUUCUCUGCUGGCUCAGUUUUUUGUUGAAGAAGGAAGGAGAAGUUUACAUCAGUUUGACAAUCCUGAGGAAGAGGCCUCAUCACUGAUUUAUAACUACACGCCUGUCUACGCUGCAAACUUCACAGGAUAUGAACAGCUCUACUUCUUCUGA